AUGUGUAUGUUGCCAGAGUACAAGCGGGACUGUAGUGGAUGGUCUGACCCUAUCAUCAGUCAUAGACAACAGCGAGGUUCUCUACAGCUUUGGCAGUUCUUGGUGGCGCUACUAGAUGACCACACAUGUAACUGCUGUAUUGAACAUAGUUGUUCACAAGUCAUGUGUAUGUUGCCAGAGUACAAGCGGGACUGUAGUGGAUGGUCUGACCCUAUCAUCAGUCAUAGACAACAGCGAGAGUACAAGCGGGACUGUAGUGGAUGGUCUGACCCUAUCAUCAGUCAUAGACAACAGCGAGGUUCUCUACAGCUUUGGCAGUUCCUGGUGGCGCUACUAGAAGACCAUACAUUUGUUCACAAGUCAUGUGUGUGUAUAUUGCCAGAGUACAAGCGGGACUGUAGUGGAUGGUCUGACCCUAUCAUCAGUCAUAGACAACAGCGAGGUUCUCUACAGCUUUGGCAGUUCCUGGUGGCGCUACUAGACGACCCCAACAACGCCUCCUGUAUUGUCUGGACCGGCCGAGGCAUGGAGUUUAAAUUAGUAGAACCUGAAGAGGUUGCCAGAAGAUGGGGUGUUCAAAAGAACCGGCCAGCAAUGAACUACGAUAAAUUGAGCAGGUCGUUGAGGUACUACUACGAGAAGGGCAUCAUGCAGAAGGUAGCAGGGGAACGAUACGUGUACAAGUUUGUGUGUGAUCCGGAGGCGCUGUUCAACAUGGCUUACGGGGAAUACUCACAAUCCAACCGGUCCAAGGGGGCAGACUCGGGACAGGAGAGGACCUAUACCGACAUGUUCACUCUCUACGGAGCAUCUGGGGGCUACGCCCACCUGCAGCAGUACCUGGGGACAACGGAGAAUGGCCAGGGAGGAAGACGCCUGAGCCACCAGCAGUACCCUGACCAAGGCUCCGGCACCAGCCACCUGCAGAUGCUACAGAGCUUCACCACCGACACCCUCGACACCCAGCACAGGAGGACCCUGCAGUCUCCGACAGACGACAGGGGCGGGACUGGGUACAGGAACCUCCAGUCACCGUCCGAGGACAGGGGAGGCGCGGUGUACAGGAACAAAACCUUGAUACAAGAGUCCUCCAGACCCAGACCCUCAGAGACCUCCCUUCUCGAUAACUCCUCCACCUACCAAUGUCUCAGCGUCGGCAGUUGUGUUUGUUGA